AUGAAGAGGUUGAAAAAUGAGGCUUCAAGUGUGAGGAGGUUCAAAUUGUCAUAUAUUUUGCUAGGUUUAGCUGCAUUUUACUUGAUCCUCAUCUGCGUGAAGUUCCCAGAGUUUCUCGAGAGCGCUACAGCUUUGAGUGGUGAUGCUGCUGCUGCGGAUGUGGCUCUAGAUGUCGAGGAUGAUGGUGGAGAAUCAUCGACUUCUGGAUUUCAUAAUAAUUUAAACCAAUAUGUACUAGUGACACCGCGAGAAGAGGAAAAUGAAAAUGGAGUGUUGCCCCAUAAAAAGCCUCGUAAGCUUCACUAUGGUCGAAUUACUGCAGCUAUUAUGAAACGACAGAAUAUGGAGCGAAAUCUUUCUGUUUUGGAUAGAAUGGCUGAUGAAGCUUGGACUUUAGGCUCGAAAGCCUGGGAAGAAUUAGAUAAAUAUGAGGAAAAGGGGAUUGAGAUGAAUUCAAUACUCGAGGGGAAGCCCGAGUCAUGUCCUUCAUGGGUUUCUACUAGUGGAGCACAACUUGCUAAAACAGAUCAACUUAUGUUCCUACCAUGCGGGCUUGCAGCAGGUUCUUCUAUAACGCUUAUUGGUACUCCUCAUUAUGCUCAUCAUGAGUAUGUACCACAGCUUUCCAAAACAAGGGCUGGCGAUGCAUUAGUCUUGGUUUCCCAAUUUAUGAUUGAAUUACAGGGUUUAAAGUCCGUUGUUGGCGAGGAUCCACCAAAGAUUUUGCAUCUGAAUCCUAGAAUUAGAGGAGAUUGGAGCCAUAGACCAGUGAUCGAGCACAAUACUUGCUAUAGAAUGCAAUGGGGAACGGCUCAAAGGUGUGAUGGUUUACCUUCCAAGUAUGAUGAUGACAUGCUCGGUAUGACACUUUCUAACAUUAUGCUUGUUGGAUUUUUGUCUCUCUAUAUCUUCAGCUAUUCCGUGGGGGGUGGGGGGAGUGAAACUACUAAGGGAAAUGUUGAUGGGUAUUUAAGAUGUGACAAGUGGAUGCGGAAUGACAUUGUUGAUACUCGAGAGUCGAAAAUAUUCUCAUGGUUUGAUCGAUUCAUUGGACGUGCAAAGAAACCAGAGGUGACAUGGCCUUUCCCGUUUGUGGAGGGUAGGAUGUUUAUUCUGACUAUUCGUGCUGGUAUUGAUGGCUACCAUAUCAAUGUAGGUGGCCGGCACGUGACGUCAUUUCCUUAUCGAACUGGCUUUACACUGGAAGAUGCUACAGGGUUGGCAAUCAGAGGUGAUGUAGAUAUACAUUCGGUUUAUGCUACAUCUCUACCAACCUCUCAUCCAAGUUUUUCGCCCCAAAGAGUGUUGGACUUCUCAGAGAAGUGGAAAUCUCUUCCUUUGCCCCAGAAUCGCAUUCAAAUUUUUAUUGGGGUGCUUUCUGCCACCAAUCACUUUGCUGAGCGUAUGGCAAUCAGGAAAACGUGGAUGCAGGCUUCAGCAAUUAAAACCUCAGAUAUAGCAGUCCGCUUCUUUGUUGCAUUGAAUCCACGAAAGGAGUUGAAUGCUAUAUUGAAGAAGGAAGCAGAUUACUUUGGGGACAUUGUGAUUGUCCCCUUUAUCGACAGAUACGAGCUAGUGGUCCUAAAAACUAUUGCCAUCUGCGAGUAUGGGGUUCAGAAUGUGACAGCUACAUAUAUCAUGAAAUGUGACGACGAUAAUUUCGUGAGGAUAGAUGCAGUCCUUAGAGAAAUUCAACGUGUUCCUCCUAGACGAUCUCUUUACAUGG